AUGUCGACGAUCGCUCAUUCCCUACGGGACUACAAGGAGCCUUCGGGCAACGCGGCACUCGUCAAUUCUUUCGCUCUUCCCUCCAGCGAGGAGCCGGUGGAUGAUAUACCUGCAGUCUUGUCGCUCGGUCAGACGCCCACAGGCACGACAGCGGAUGAAGAGCAGGUCUAUGCUGGCAGGUUGCACCUUUUCACCAGCUUCUUGUGCUUUUCGAGCAUCGAUAGGCGAAGUUGUCGGAUGAGUCUGCCCCUCUACUGCGUCAGGAGAGUAGAACGACUGAACUCGGGCAGAAGCGGAGUGUUCGCCCUCGCAAUUGUCGUUUGGCACGGAAGCCGCAUCGUGAGUGCAGCUGCCAGGGCUGGACCAGCAAAGUCCGACCGUUGCUGCUGCUGUUGUCUGAUACAAGGCUGACGUUUUCAACUCUCUCAAACAUCUCAGAUUAUCCAAUUGAAUGCUCUUCGCCCGCAAUGCGAGUCCUUCUGCUCUCAGCUCCGCGACAGCUUGCGAGCUCAGCUCGGAAACAUGAAGAAUGUCAAAAGCUUUUCAGCCGGCUGCUACAGUGAAGUGCUCCUUUCGGAAGACAAGAACGCGACCGACGAGAAGAACAAAGCGGAAGGGUCUACCGCCAAUGCUACAGCUGAUGCUGAUGCUGAUGCGUCUGUGACGGAGAAGGACUCCAUCACGCAAGCCACAUCAGAGGCGGUGGACGGUGACAGCGCUGUGGUGCCCGCACCAAGCGGCGACCUGCCCCCACCUCCACCUUACCAUGCUGGUUUGGGUAGCCAAUUCAAAUUUCCAGGCGACCCUCGCAAGUAAGUCGACCGGCAUACCCGUACAUUUUGGUCGCAUCGCUGAAGCCUGGUCUGCACAUAGACUACGUGAAAAGUCCAAGCUGAAACUGUGGAAGGACUAUCUAAGAGGUGAGUUGGGAAUCAUCAUGCGCGAUUGGUGGCGUCACUCUACCCAAGCACUCUGACUCAAUCUUUGUGCUUCCCAGUUCACGGCCGCAAUCUCACGCUGGUGCGAUACCCUCAAUUCCUCCGCUUGGUCCAAGUUGGGCUACCCAACAGGCUGAGAGGCGAAAUUUGGGAGCUCACGAGCGGGUCGAUUUACACUCGCUUCGCGCGCGCAGGAGAGUAUCAAGCCAUCCUGAAGCGCAAUGAGGGAAAGACAAGCACGAGCACGGAUGAGAUAGAGAAAGACUUGUAUCGUUCCUUGCCGGAGUUCGCCGCGUAUCAGAGUCCAAAAGGCAUCGACGCGCUCAGAAGAGUCCUCACGGCGUACAGUUGGAAGAAUCCGGAGCUGGGCUAUUGUCAAGGGCAAAAUAUCCUCGUGGCUGCUUUACUCAUCUACAUGUCCGAAGAGCAGUGCUUCUGGAUGCUCGAUAUGCUAUGCGACAGGCUCUUGCCAGGUUACUACACGUGAGUUUCAAUAGUCUCAAAGUUCUUCAGAAAUGAGUCUCAUCCCAUGUGACAUGCUUUGUCCACAGUCAGUCGAUGUCGGGAACCAUUCUGGACCAGAAGGUGUUUGAACAUCUCGUGCAGCGAACUUUGCCCAUGAUUCACGACCACUUUCUUCAGACUGAUAUCCAAUUAUCGGUCGCUUCUUUGCCCUGGUUCCUCUCGCUCUACAUCAACUCCAUGCCGAUGGUCUUUGCUUUCAGGAUAGUAGACUGUUUCAUGGCGAUGGGGCCAAAAGUGCUCUUCCAAGUUGGUCUUGCGAUCCUCAAGAUCAACGGCGAAGAGCUUCUAUCGGGCCGAGUGACGGAUGAUGGGGCAUUCAUCAACCUUCUGAAGAGGUACUUUAGAACUCUCGGAGACUCGGCUCAUCCAGAGGCCACCAAUCCGAGGCACAGGCAGAUCACCAACUUCCAAGAGCUGCUCGUCGUCGCCUUUAGGGAAUUCGGCGUGGUGACGGAUGAGACCAUUGCGAGCGAGAGGAGACGCUUCAGGCAAGAGAUUGUGGAAGAGAUUGAGCUCUUCGCUCGAAGGGGGGCAAUCAGAAACUUGCGCGAUUUGGGCCACUUGUCAAAAGAGCAAGCGUAAGUCAAAUGCGCGAUGUUCAGUUCCGAGUCAGGCUUACCCUCUCGAACUAUGUAUCGCAGUGGACUCAUCUAUGAUCAGCUAGUCGAAGCCAUAUACCGCACACGACACGCGCCUCAAUCAGCGAACGUGCAUCCUGAGGGCGAAAACACUCCCACACAAGUGCCCGCGCUGACGGCUAUUGCUGGUGAUGUUCCUGGGUCCGCUGCAGGCGCUGGCGAAGUUGACUACAAGGAGAUGAGGGUGGACCUCAAGACUUUCAAAUACUUCAUGGCGGAAGUCGCUACGUGGGCACGCGACGAAUACGUCGUUUCGAAUGGCUUCCAGGAACGCAUCGAGCGAAAAGUGCCGGAGAAUGAGCUCGUUACGCGCAUUUUCAAGUACUGGGACACGGAGAAACGUGGAUCGCUUAGCUUCCAGGUGAGGAAUUAGGAGUACCUGCGCUUCCGAUCGAAAGGUGGACACAGAUCUGGCUGAUUGCCGUCCUUCGCGCGUACAUGUUCAGGACAUUGUGAGCGGUCUGGACGCCAUCAUGUCGGCCAGAGGGGAUGUGUUGGCUAGCAUCGAAUGGUUCUUCAAGCUACACUCUGAUGGUCGCGAUUCUCUAACUAAGGACGAAGUGCUCAGGCUCAGCGAGAGCCUCCUCUUCCGUGAGUACUCAGAGCUGCAUCGUUGCUAUGACCCUGCAGUCCCUUCUGCUCCAAGGAAGACGCUGCUGACGCCCACAGCGCCAAUGUUCAAACCUCUACUGCGCAGUCUUCCGAAACGAUAUCGAGCAGAGCGACGGGUAUCUCGGUGCUGUAUCUCAACUGAUUUCGCAGAGUUUCGAGCAUGGGGCAGAAGCCGCAGCUGCUUCUUCAUGA